AUGGAGCAGGAGUCUCCUGCGGUGGUGCGGAGCGUCUCCUCCUCCGAGGGUCGACAACGGCGCACUCCCUCAAGCCGACAGACCUCGCAUGGAGACAGCAGUGAUUUGGACGAUUUCCAGAACUAUCAGAGGUUCCGACUGAAGGUGGUGUCGAUGUUCGGAUCCAUGGCGUCUGGGCUGUUCGAAUUUGGUGCGGACCCCGAGACUGGAAGGAUCUCACAGAAGGACUUUGUGCGUGUCUGUGUGAAGCUCGAGAUGAUGAACGAGCGGGAGGCGCAGAGCCUCUACCAACACUUCACCAAUGCUGAUCCCUGGGACGAGGAGGAAGUGGUGGCCACGUUCAAGGACUUCAGUAUCGACGAGGACGAGUGGAGAUAUGUGGUGGCAAGCAAGCAAGAGGCACAGAUGAGCAACUCCACCGCGAUCCCCUUCUCUUCCGCACCCUCAGGCAUCAGCACUGGCUUGUACCAUCGCCCUGUGAACGUGAACCAGGUCAGUGAGCAGCAGCGGGAUGUCCCACAGGAAGGAACGCCUCGAAGUCAAGGCUCGCCGUCCGGUGGUCUCGGCUGA